AUGGCCCUGGACGACAACUUCGACUUCCAGUUCAAGGUCAUUGUCAUCGGGGACUCUGGCGUGGGCAAGACGUGUGUGGUGCAGACCUUCGCCACCGGGGUCUACAGCGAUGACCACCAGAUCACAUUCGGCGUGGACAUCAUCUUGCGUUCCCUGGACAUCGACGGCAAGAAAGUGAAGAUGCAGGUGUGGGACACGGCGGGCCAGGAGCACUUCCGGACCAUCACGAGGAGCUUCUAUCAUGAGGUGGACGCGGCCAUCAUCGCCUACGACAUCACACGGCGCUCCUCGAUCGAGUCUGUUCCAGACUGGAUUGACGAUGUGAAGAUGUACAGAGACACGGACACGGUCAUCAUGCUGAUAGGGACCAAGUCUGACCAGUGGGAGAAGCGUCAGGUGCUGUUCGAGGAAGCCUGCGCAAUGGCGGAGAAGCACGGCCACCUGGCGGCGCUCGAGACCUCGGCCAAGGAGUCCAGGAACAUCAACGAGGCCUUCGAGCUCAUGGCCAGGGCGCUGAUCGCCAGCAACAGCCUGCCCACCCUGAGCAGCGUCCCCCAUUACAUGGCCAUCGUGCGGGCCCCCCGCUCCCAGGGAUCCCAUGACGCCAGGGAGCUGCCCGGGUCGCAGUGGGGGCCGGCGCUCUCCCACAGACGGUCUGAGUACCCCAGGGGCGCUUCCCCUUCGGCCCUGACUGAAGAGUGGUGA